AUGAACGGAGUGCACGAUGGUCCAAAUGGGGGCUCACCCUACAAUGGACUUCCGUCCAGAAAUCCUCAAGCUCCCUCCGCUAACGGAGCUGAUAGGGGACCACAAUCCCAAAGCCGAUUCCCCCGUAUCUCGAUGCCAGUAGAGCUCAUGCGAGACUCCUACGAUGUGGUGGCCAUUGGUUCAGGGUAUGGAGGGGGCGUGGCCGCCAGUCGAAUGGCCAGAGGAGGGCAGAGCGUCUGCGUCCUCGAGCGAGGGAGGGAGAGAUGGCCUGGUGAGUUCCCUGAAAAACUGGAGGAUGCGGUGGAGGAGCUUCACGUCAGCGGUCAAUUCGCUCCCGGCGACAGAAGAAGUAUCCCUGGAGCCAUGGUUGACGCGGGGAACCCGAAUGGCCUAUACCACUUCGUGGUAGGCGAAGGCCAGAACGUAUAUAUGGGUAACGGUCUCGGUGGCACCAGCCUUCUGAAUGCCAAUGUGUUCCUUGAAGCCCAUCGCAAAGUGCUGGAAAUGGGAGUCUGGCCAGAGGAAUUGAGAGGACACGAAGCAUGGAAAAAGUAUUAUGACCGCGCAAGGAGCGUUCUGGAACCUGCCAAGUACCCUCCGACUUUUCCAAAGCUUCUCAAAGCCGAUCUUCUCAGAAGGCAAUCAGAGCUCAUGAGCUGGGGCGAUAAAUUCUACCGUGUUCCGCAAACAACUCGGUUUGAGGACGGCCCCAACUCUACGGGAGUCUACAUGCAGGCGUCACGGCUGACGGGAAUGGAUGCGACUGGUGUCAACGACGGCAGCAAGUCUACAACGCUUGUGAACUAUCUCAGUGAUGCAUGGAAUUGGGGUGCCGAGAUCUUCUGUAAUUGCGAGGUCAGAUAUGUUGCCAAAGCCCCCGAUCGUGAAGGAUACAUUAUAUACUUCGCGUGGCGCUCCUGUGGACGAGACCGUUUCAGCACUUUCUUUGACGACCUUAUGUGGGUGCAUGCAAGAAAAUUCGUUUUCUUAGGAGCUGGAAGCAUCGGAACCACCGAGAUCCUGCUCCGCAGCAGACAGAUGGGCUUGGACUUGAGCGAUGACGUCGGCACUGAGAUGAGCGGCAACGGGGAUAUGCGCUGUAACAGGUACAAUACCGACUAUGAAGCUAACUGCAUAGCUCGUCCUGAACCCACACCUGAGCGACCCGUAGGACCAUGCAUAACUUCAGUUCUGGAUCUGAGGGAUCAGGAAAACGUUUUGGAUGGGUUCGUGGUAGAAGACUGUGCAGUACCAUACGCUCUUGCCCCACUCAUGUUCAGCAUGUUGGAAUACUUGCCAGAUAUAAGACGUCCCAAGUACAGUCCUGUUGAGAGUGUAGAGAAGUUUGUCGCACGACUGAAAGGCAAGCUUGGGCCAUACGUACCCGAGGGAAGUGUGCAGAAGACUGCCGUAUAUUUGAUCAUGUCGCAUGACAGUAGCCAAGGCAGACUAUCACUCCAGAAAGACAAGCCAGUGCUAACAUACUCGGGUGUGGGCCGAUCUAAAUCUGUAUCUCGCAUCCACGGUAUCCUCGAGAGAAUGACGGCUGCUGUCGGUGGGAAUUUUAUAGCCAACCCAGUCUGGAGUACUUUGGGUAGGCAGGAGAUCACAGUGCAUCCCAUAGGUGGAGCGCGCAUCAGCAAAGACAACACUGGGAACAAUGGGGUGGUCAAUCACCUUGGGGAAGUCUUAAAGGGAAACAGCAGCGAAGCGUAUGAAGGACUGGUCGUGUGCGACAGCUCUGCGCUGCCAGCAGCUGUUGGCGUCAAUCCUUUUGCGACCAUUACAGCCUUUGCUGAAAGAUCAGUUGAGAUGGUAGCCCGGAGGCGAAAUAUAGCUAUCGACUAUAACACGAAGAACGGUCAAUUGGACAUGUUCGGUACACCGGCAUAUCGUUCUCCUCAAGAUGCAGAAACCGCGCAACUUGCAUACAGGCUUGCGAAAGCCACUGAAAAUCAAAACACCGGUGUCGUGUUCUCGGAGAUCAUGACUGGCUUCAUAUACACUGGUUAUGACGUUAAAGACUUUGAGGUCGCGACGAAGCUUGCUCGAGGCCGCUGCGAGAAUGCACGAUUCUUCCUGAGCGUCAAAGCAUGGAGUGCUGAGGAGCUGGUGAAGAGCAGCCAACAUCUGGCAAACUUGACGGGAACAUUUACUUGCAACACGCUUGGAGGUGUCUUCUUGGUCCACAGAGGCACCUUCCAACUGUUCAACUACGAUGCCCGGCAACCAGACACAGCGAACCUGACCUAUAACUUUGACAUGAUAUCGACCAGUGGGAGAAAACUGCGUUUUAACGGCUACAAAAUCGUGAACAGUGCAUCCUUCCUCAACCCACUUGAACUGUGGAGACAGACCAGCACGCUGUAUGUCACUAUCACAGAUACGAGCAAUAUAGUAGUAGGCCGCGGUAUGCUGCGCAUUUUGCCAGACGAUUUCGGUUACGAACUGAAAACCUUCGAAACAAGUGGGCCAUCGCUGUGGACAAGGGCCAAAUCAGCAGCGAGCUUUCUCGCCUACUUUGCGAAACAGCUUUCCGUGCCAUUUCUUUCGGCGCUUGGGCAACUUCAGUGGCCAGACACAACGCUGACCUACGCUUCUAAAGAAGUAACUCCAUCAACCACCAUUCCAUUGACAGCAUCUGACGGAGUCACCACAAACAUGGUGAUGUGGAAUCCCACCUUCCAAGGAAAGGAUAUUCUGGGCCCUGCCCCAACCUUACUCUUUAUACCAGGAGCAGCAGUUGACCACAAAAUGUUCGCUCUUCCUACCAUAGAGAGGAAUGCAGUUGAGUACUUCCGCGAGUCCGGAUAUCGUAUCUACUGCAUCACUCAUAGAGUCGGACGAGCUCCGAUCGCUCGAGAAGGGUACACACCGUAUGAUGCACGGCGCGAUAUACACGCUGCUCUUGUCCACAUCCGCAAUGUUAUCAGCACAAUGAGUCCGUCCGAGCCCCCAAAGGUCUACGUGGUGGCCCACUGCGCAGGCUCCCUAGCACUGUCUUGCGGCCUACUGGACGGCACAAUCCCUAGUGACUGGAUUCAGGGAAUCACCGCAUCAAUGGUUUUCAUGAACCCUAAGUUUGGAAAGGUUGAUAGUCUCCUGUCCAAAUUUCCCACAUCCCUAUAUGCCCGACUGGUCAGUCCGUACUGGGACUGCACCAGUAGCCGCAACGACACUUAUAUCCAGUCACUGUUGAACCAAGCGUUGCGCUUUUACCCUCAUGGGGAGGCCGGGGAGUCGUGCCGAUCGGUCGUCUGCCAUCGGAGCGAACUUGUAUUUGGCCGUCUUUGGACCCAUAAAAACCUUAACGACGCCACCCACACCCAACUCGAACGCUUCCUCGGCGGCACCUCAAUGCGUUCCCUUCAAUGGCUCAUGGAGAGCGGCCGGAAGGAGAGCGUUCUAGCCAACGGGCCAGCUUUCACCGAUCUCGUCACGCCGGAAAACCUCGAACGUUUGAAGGGAAUUCCGAUCUUGUUCCUAUCAGGAACUGGAAACAUGGUGUUUACUGCCGAGAACACGGAUAUCUCGUACACGACACUUUGUAAUGUGCACGGAAGGGAUUGGUACGAGCGGGAAGUCUUCACGGGCAAGGGACAUUUGGAUGCCUGGAUGGGCGCGACAGCCUAUCAAGACGUUUAUCCGAGGGUGAGACGCCAUGUUGAUCAGAUCAUGAUGUGGAAACAGGGCCCGGCUGGAAAGAUGAACAGGAAGGAUAUGAUGUAG